AUGCACUCACGGCGCAAUUCGCUCGCGGCCAUGGUCAAGACGCCCGAGCUCGAAACAACCUCCGCGCCCGGCGUGACGGGGGUCGGCCUUGCUUCCAGCUCUUCACUCUCGUCGCUGAGCCCGGCGUCCCAACUCAAGACUCCACGAUGGUCCAGCAUCCGCGGACGCUUCAGCACCGUCCAGUCUCGAGACAACACUUUGGCGCCUCUCCACGACAACAUCGACGACGGAAUGUGGGACAAGAACGACGCUGCUUUCCUCGAGGAGGUCGCACGCGAUUCUCCUUCGCUCCUUAGCCCUUUGGACCGCUUCGAGGCUUCAGACCGCGACAUUCCACUCGGUCGAGCUUCCAUGAGUAUGGCGCGCAUAACGGGCUCCGGUCGAGACGACGAUGCGGAUGACUACAUUGCGCCUCGUCGCCCAUCAUUACAGCUCUCCUCCUCCCCUUUUGCCACAAGAACUUCCAGGUCUUUCACCGUUGGCGCCACAGACCCCGUACACAUACCCGCGAACCAGCAGAUGCUCGCACCCGCCGCUCCUCUGGGCCUCUCCAAGUACCGCGCUCGACCCAUGCGAAAGAUGGCCUCGGCAGCCAUGCUUCCCGAUCUGCCAGAGACCAAGCCCGUCGAUGACGACGUCGCCUUUUCAUCUCCCGUCACUUCCUCUUCGUCAGCUGUCUCCCUGACUCCACCGCUGCUCCCACCCAAAGACUCCCCACCCACCUCCACGGCUAGUAUCUUUGCUAGCCCUUCGUCGUCACCUGCUCUGCAAGCCGACUCGGCCCUCAACGAAGCUGGCACCAUCACUCGCAGGCAGACCAAGAACAGAAACAGCCUGAUCUUUGGACUGCGCAAGCUCAUGGGCAAGAAGCAAGCUGAGCCGAACGCAGCGGCCCCACCGGCCCAGAGCGACGCAGCGCAGCCCACUUCAUCUCCACCCACCAUCCACUCCGAGACCUGGCCCGCGCCGCAGGAUGCGAGCAUCGAGGCAAGCCCUCGAGGGGGUCUCAACUUGCUGGGCCUAGCGCCGGACGCUUUGGGCCCAGCAGCCACCAAUGAAGCAUCUCCCGAUCGCACAGACAAGCGUGCCACCAACAAAAGAGCAUCCCUUCGAGCUUCACCUAGCAUCGCACGCAAAUCUCCCUCCUUAGAUCUGCUACGCAGCUUUGGUCCACUCGGAAGAACAUCGACCCACAAGGCCGCCGCUCGGAACAGUGUCAUCCAGCACAUCUCGCACGAAGAAGCCCGCAAGCUGACCGGCAGUGUGGGUCCCAUCUUCCUCGAGACCAAGGAAGCGUUGGCAGAGCACCAGUCCAAGUACGCCACCCUCCCUACCAACAAUGGCUUGCUCGAUCGUGCCGCAUACGAUAUGCACUACGCCGCAUCACCUGCAUCGCAACAUAGUACACUCUACGGAUCCGCCGCCGAGCAGACGACAGCUCAGCAUGCAAACAACGCUAAUUCCGGUACGAUCCGCGCGCCAUUUCCAUCUCGUCCACGGCGACCGGAGCAAGAGAACAUCGUGGAUAACGGCUCCUUUCAGGCCUUGACCUCCCCCAGCAGUGGCGAGCCCGUCAGCAGCAGCAGUACUCGCAACAAUAGCAUCGGCAUGUCCUCAUCGGCCUCCUCCAGGCUUUCUUCCAUUUCCGCAGCUACCGAUCCAUCGGCGGUAUUGCGAGCGUCCUUUUCGUUUCAGUCGCAGUCCUACAGGCCCUAUUCGAGCGACUCACGCGAAUCUCGUGCAUCCCAACUCAGCCCGCCCUCGAGUGCUUCCUCCUAUACCAGUCACGGUUUCGACGCCCCCGGUGCCACCUCGAAACCCACACACCGCACCGUCUCGUCCCUAGGCUCGCAGGCCGCCUGGGGGAGCCCGUUCGGGAACGCAUCGAUGCCGCCACCGCCGCCACCUGCUCCUGGAGCGCAAAUGGUCGCACGCAGCCACAAUCACCGUCGCUCGCUCAACGGCUCGUCAGGCGGCAGCAGACCGUGGUCCGCCUUUAUGGCCUUGCCAAUGAACGGCGCUGAAUUUCCGUUGCCUCCGCACAGGGGACUUUCUGGUGCGUCGAUCUCUCGACCUGUGUCCGUCACGUCGUCCGCCUUCACCAACGGCUACGAUGAUGCUCGAGGCGAAUCGGCUGAUGCUGACCUGACCUUUCGUGCUUCUGACUUUGCCAGGGCGAGAGCCGCAUCCACUGCAGGUCUAAAUUCGGAUGCAGGAUGGCGUGUUCGUGCCGACUCGAUUUUCUCGGAACCGGGAAAUUCGGCUCAUCGGACUGCAGUCGGAGCGAUAAAUUCUCCUUCGAGUCAGCACGCCCCUUCUUCUGCGUGGACCACACCCUCGGACCCUCAUCUGAUCGCCCUCGCCUCCCCUACAGCCUCAACGUCGCAACACUCGCAUCAAUCGUACCACUCGUGCUCCAAUUCGGACAGCACCUCGGCCGCCCCUGGCGCCGCUUCGGCUUCCUCAACCACGCUCGGUUCCGCCAACUCGAAUGGUCGCGCUCUGAACGCCCCCAUCCAUCGCCUCUCUGCCUCCAGUUCAUCGCUAUCGCAUCGCAAGCGUCCCUCUUUCGGCCUCGCCAUCGAGCCCGCCGCUCACUCCGCCUUUGAUAGCAUCCCCAGCCCGCUCCUGCGCACACGCCGCAUCUCGCUCGCCCACCCGGAAGGCUCCUCCCCCCAACGACCUCUUUCGACCUCUUCGUUGGCAUCCGCCAUCCGCACACCGAGCGGCAGCUCGUACGGCACCAGCCUUCACGCCUCGGCUCGUGCAUCGGCAGCUACGCUCUCCUCGCGCCGCACCUCGGAGGACAACGACGAGAGCCUCGAGAUCGAGACGCUGCUCGACGGCAGUCCCAAGAAGGCGAGCUUUCUGCGAUCCACUUCCUUGACGGCGUCGGUGCCGGCCUCAGAGAGCGUGAUGGCAGCAGCGACGGUGCACCACCGCCACUCGGCGUCCGUGCCCAUGGACGAGGAUGACUCGCCGCGCCAGCACGCUGAGGCAAACUGGAGCCGCAUCACAGGCACACCCGAGCCGGCCCGGCCAUACACGAUCUUCUCCGUCAACGAAGAAGCCUCCUCGGGUCGCCUGAGCCAAGCUUCCAAGGACAUCGCCUUCGGCUCGAUCGCCGGUAUGAUCAGCAAAGUGUUUGAGCACCCGUUCGAUCUCGUCAAAGUGCGUCUCCAGACGCAAUCUGCCGACCGCCCGGCGCGCUACGCAGGCGCAUUCGACUGCUUCAAGCAGACCUACCUGCAAGAAGGCAUUCGUGGGCUCUACCGCGGGCUCAGCAUGCCCGUGUUCGGCGCGACGCUCGAGAACGCCUGUCUGUUCUUUGUGUAUAACCAGAUGCAGUCGGCGAUCCGAUGGGCCAACGGGGAGGCGAGAAGCGGGUCGGCGGCGAAAGCGGAUGCAGAGGCGCCGCUAUCGAUUCCACAAUUGGCCAUCGCAGCGGCGGGAGCGGGGGCGACGACGAGCCUCGUGCUGACGCCCAUUGAGUUGAUCAAGUGCAAGAUGCAGGUGCAGAUGAUUACGCGUGCGGCAAACCCCUCGCCGGCUGCAGGUGCUUCGGCAGCCCCCAUUGCUGGGCAGCUGCAGCAAUCGCGCUCGAUGCACACCAGUGCCGUGCGGGCAGCAGCGAGCGCGCAGACGUUCAAGUCCCUCGAUGGGCCUUUGACGCUAUUGCGCCGGACGGUAGCGACAGACGGCAUCCGCGGGUUGUGGCUGGGCCAGACGGGCACGCUGCUGCGCGAAACAGGCGGCGGUGUAGCAUGGUUCCUCGCCUUCGAAUCCGCCUCGCGCUACCUCAUCUCUCGCAAGAAAACGCUCCUCAACCGCACCGAUGUGACCAAGAAGGACCUCUCCGCUCUCGAACUCGUCGGUGCCGGCGCACUGGCAGGCGUGUCCUACAACGUCGUCCUCUUCCCCGCCGACAGUGUCAAGAGUACGAUGCAGACGGAGCGCGAGAUGCUCUCCUCCCAAACGGGGGGCAAGUGGAAGGGCACGGGCUUCCUAGGUACCUUCCAAAAGAUCUACCGCACGAGGGGAAUCAAGGGUCUCUACGCGGGGUGCGGCGUCACCUGCCUCCGAAGCGCCCCCAGCAGCGCCAUCAUCUUUUUGCUCUACAACAAGCUCGAGAAGCUCAGCGACGAGUAUGGGCUCUAG